UUCGAUUUGCCACCGAUGGCCGAGCGUCUCUCGCUGGAGCUCCUCGAGCUCAUCGCGUCCAGCGUGGCCGAUCAGAAGACGAUGGCAGCGCUGCUUGACGCGCUACCACUCAGCCUCCUCUCGCCAGCCCUCGUCGGUGUGCGGCGCCUGCUCGCGCUGCAGCCAGCCGGCGACGUGUGGCCAACGCUUGGCGCGACCGCUCAAAUGCGAGACAGACCCACGCUCGCUGCGCUGCAUACGUGCAUUUCGCUCUACCCAAUGGUGCGCGUCUACGACUUGUCCCUGGCGCUACCUUUGUGCCCGACAACGCGGGUCGAGCUCGUCCAGAUAGCCACGCCACAGGCCCUCGACGCAGCACUCGACCUGUGGCACGCCGCCAUCUCAAGCCUUCACGUGUCAGUAUGGGAGAAGCGUUUGGAAGGUCGAUGGUCUUCGCUCGACACUGCGAGGCUGGCCAGUGCGCUGCCCCACCUACCUCAUUUGCGCGAACUGCACUUGUCCUGGGGCGACCGCACUGACGGCCUCGACGCCGUCCUCGACGCGAUCGUUGCCGCCAAGAUUACCUCGCUCGAGAUCAACAUGGGUCGCGACGUUAUGUACUGGAGCGCGCACCGCGUCGAUCGGCUGCUCAUGUGGCUAGAGACCCGUCCCGUGCGCGACGUGCACCUGACGCGUGUGUCCUUGGCGCCGACGCUACAUGGCGAGGUUGUGCAAGCCCUCAACGCGUGCAAUCACCUUCGCUCGCUUCGCCUUCACGACCACCUCCUUGUGCACAGCAUUUUGUCGAGUCGGGCGGCGUGGCCAGCGGUGCUCACGUCGCUCACGGCGGUCGUUCAUUUGACGGGCGACGACACCGGUCGCCUCGCUGACGCCUCGACCUUGCAGCGCCUGGAGCUCACUGCGGACGAAUACACGGCUUUGGGUGGCGCAGCGGUGCUCGAGGCAGCGGCAAAGCUGCCAUCCCUUCGGUAUUUCAAGCUCGAUUGCCGUGUCCGCGCCACGACGCCCAUGCCACCGAGUGCACACCUCGAUCUCAUGGCACUCGUACCCCGCCUCGUCGACUUGUGUUUGGUCAACACCCAGCUCGGUGACGAGGGUCUUCUGGCACUGGCAUCGGCGCUACCACGGUGCACGCGGCUGCAGCGCCUUGUCCUCGUCCAGCAAGGCUGCACGGACGUUGGCGCGGCGGCGCUAGCAGCUCACUUGCCACCCGCGCUUGAGACGCUCGACCUCAGCAACAAUGCCAUCGGCUGCGACGGCGCGUCGGCGCUGGCAAGUGCGAUUCGGGCGCACUUGAAGGUGCUGCGCCUCGGGUUCAACCGCAUUGGGCUUCGUGGCGCAAUCGCGUUCAGCCAGGUUCUGCGUACGACCGCGCACAUGACGUGGCUCGGCUUGCAGGUCAACCCGAUCGGCGCAGACGGUGUCCUCGCCCUCGUCACCGCCCUUGCGCAGUGCGACACCCGCGCGGGCCCCGUCUUUUUGCAAGGUACACUUGCGAAGGACAAGCGCGAGAAGGACGCGUGUAUGCAGGCUGUGGCCAAUCUGCCAGAGCCAAAAUGGUGUUGUUUGACUUAGGCGAAUGAGUAAUGCUUUACCAGUGCAAUUUUGUAUCGCCCA